ACGGGGCGGGGAGGCAUAGCCCAAUCGAGCACCGCGGCACUCUUGUUGCCUCUCCACCACCGACUCGCCUCUUCUCACCACCGACUGCCCCGUCCUCUUCACGUCGCCGAUGGAGUCCUCCAUCCUCGCCGCCGCCUCGGUCGCCAGGGCCUCUGUUCCUGCAACUGUCUUAUCGCCGCUCUUUCCGUCCUCUAGGCCCGUCGUCCUGCGCACCGACGUCUUCGGGCCAAGCCCCGCCGCGCGCGCCGUACGCUGCCUCGCCGCCGAGGGCUCGGUCCUGCACAGGCUGGACGACGAGAUGUUCAACUCGUCGGAGGUGAUCCAGUGGGAGAGCGGCAAGUCCAUCAACUCCAUCGCCGCCGCGCAAGGCAUCCGCAUCCGCCGCCGCUGCCGCCCCAGGUACCCCUCCGAGGGCAUCGGCGCCGACAGGGACGUCCCGCGCAACGUCCUGGAGCAGAUCAUCUGGGACAAGGAGGUCGAGGUGUCCCAGAGGAAGGCCAAGGCGCCGCUCCAGAAGGUGAUGGAGUCCGCCGAGCGCGCGCCGCCCCCCAGGGACUUCGUCGGGGCGCUGGAUGCCGCGCGCCGCCGCAACGGCCUCCCUGCGCUCAUUGCCGAGGUCAAGAAGGCGUCGCCCAUCAAGGGCCUGCUCAGGGAGCACUUCAAUCCGGUCGAAAUCGCGCACGCCUACGAGAAGAACGGCGCAGCCUGCUUGAGCAUCCUGACCGACGAGAAGCACUUUCUGGGGAGCUUUGACAAUCUGGAGACCGUGCGCAAUUCUGGUGUGAAUUGCCCUCUGCUCUGCAAGGAGUUCGUCAUCGACGUCUGGCAAAUCUACUACGCGCGUUCCAAGGGCGCCGAUGCGGUGCUCCUGAUCGCCGCCGUGCUACCAGACCUUGACAUCAAGUACAUGCUUCGUGUCUGCAGGAGCCUCGGGAUGACGGCUCUUGUCGAGGUUCAUGAUGAGAGGGAGUUGGAUCGUGUAUUGAAGAUAGAUGGUGUUCAAAUUAUUGGCAUUAACAAUCGCAGUCUAGGAACAUUUGAAGUCGAUACUGCGAACACAGACAUGUUGCUACGUAAACGUGGCGACGUCAUCAGGAAGAAGGGAAUAAAGGUUGUCAGCGAGUCCGGGUUGUUUACGCCUGAUGAUGUAGCAUAUGUCCACAAUGCUGGUGUAUCAGCUGUUUUGGUAGGAGAAUCCCUAGUGACGCAGGAUGAUCCUGGUCGAGCAAUCGCUGGGCUGUUUGGGAAGGAGCUCUUACACUAAUCUCUUUCCAUUGUGGUUUAGCUUAUUAGCUAAUUUGUUGUAUGUAUCAAUCAUGGGCUGAUAAGUGAAGGCAUCCAAGCGUAAAGAUCGCACAAGAUAUAUGUAACCAUGAACUAGCUAGUGCUUUAUUUAUAAAAGUAAUUUGUUACGAGUUUUUUCAUUUCUUUGCAUGAAUCACGAAUAUGCAUUAUUUUGUUGCGUGCA